ACACUUAUACACACUAUUUCCUUCCUUGUCCAUUCCUCUCCUUUCCCCACUUAUCCCUUCACCAAACAACUCCUUAACCAAACAUUUUUUAAAAGGUAAGUUAGUUAUAGUUAGAACACAAAUAUUAUCCCACUAUCACUUCAAUUCAACAAAUCAAAAUCAAAACCAUGAGAAACAAACCAUAACAAAAUCCAUAAACAAAAUCACAAUUUCACUUCACCAUGUCAGAAUCAAACGCCAUAGCAAAUGGUUUAGCUGGUGCUGGUGGUGGAAUCAUUGCUCAAAUCAUAACUUAUCCACUUCAAGCUGUAAAUACACGCCAACAAACUGAGAGAACGUUACUCAAGAAGAAUAAGCAAAGUUUGGUUCCUCAAUCUUCCAAUGGAAUAGCCACUGCUUCUUCUUCUGGAUUUUUUCUUCAACUCUUUCAGGUUAUUGGAAAUGAAGGUUGGGGUGGACUGUAUAGUGGCCUCAAACCUUCUCUUCUUGGAACUGCUGCUUCUCAGGGAAUUUACUAUUUCUUCUAUCAAAUAUUCAAGAACAAAGCUGUGGCUAUUGCAGCUGCAAGGAAAGUUAAAGGGCGUGGAGAUGGUACUGUUGGAGUGUUUGGUUGGCUCAUUGUGGCUGCUAUUGCUGGAUCCUUGAAUGUUUUGUUCACAAACCCAAUAUGGGUUCUAGUGACGCGUAUGCAGACACAUACUCAAGCAGAAAGAAAAAUCAUGGACGAAAAGAAAGAAGCUAUAAGAAAGGCUGCUUCUGAAAGUAGCUUAGCAGGUUCGACAUUGGAAAACAAAUUAGCAGAACUGAAUUCUACAAAACCUCGACCAUUUGGAACUGUACAUGCAGCUAAUGAAGUAUAUAACGAAGCCGGUAUAGUUGGAUUUUGGAAGGGUGUCAUCCCUGCUCUAAUUAUGGUGUGCAAUCCGUCUAUCCAGUUUAUGAUUUAUGAGAGUUCAUUGAAGCAUCUAAGGGAGAAACGUUCUGCUAAGAAGCAGGGGGAUACAACUGUAACCGCAUUGGAGGUCUUUUUGGUGGGAGCAAUAGCGAAACUUGGAGCUACUGUCUCAACAUACCCGUUGCAAGUUGUCAAGUCAAGGCUUCAAGCAAAGCAGGAGAUUGGUGGAAAUAACUCAUUAAGAUACUCAGGUACAUUUGAUGCAAUUCUUAAAAUGAUCCGUUACGAAGGCUUGCCAGGUUUUUAUAAGGGAAUGAGUACAAAGAUAGUACAAAGUGUUUUUGCUGCUUCUGUAUUGUUCAUGAUAAAGGAGGAACUUGUUAAGGCUAUCAUGGUUCUGGCAAAUAAGAGAAAAAAAGUUGUAUUAAAAUAUGAGUAGUUGUUAACUUGACUUUCUUCUGAUAGAUAUAGAAAUUGUACUAUUAAUUUGUAUACGCGAGAAAAUUGCCUUUGGCCUACUUAUUUUUAGACUUUAAAGCAAUUGAAGUAAGAUUCCUCCCA